UAUUUGUCAUUGUGUUAUAUUUAUUAUUCAAUUUAAAUGUAGAUUUGCUAUUUAACCUUUUAUUAGAUUUUCUUUUUUGUUGUCUGUGUUAAUGUUACUGCUCGUUAUUUAGUUUGGAGUUUUAGUUUCCCAUUUUCGCAAUGCUUCGAAUGCACUUUGGCGCUGGUCAACCCGUUUACCACAGCGGCACAUGGUCGUGGAACAAUGAGACUGAUAGUCUGCAUUUUGAGCCACACACGGAUUUGGAGGACAGCAAGGACCGUUACAUUGAAACGAAUGGAUAUCGAUUUCUACGCACUCUAAACGCUGUGGAGGAGAAUGUGUUUCGUCAGGAAUACACGCAAUCUCAACCCGAAUACGAGGUGGUUGUGUCAAUCAAUGAUGUGCGAGAUCUGGUUUUAUUCCUAAUGCCCAAGGAAUUUAUGAGAAUGCGCUUCGUUGACUUCAUGCACAAGCCAGCUGUAGACAAACUGUUGCAUGCUCUUAUCAUCUACUUUGAGUACUUUCUUCGUAUGGUGGAGUUUGUGCUCAUUCGAAGGGAUGAAGUCGAGGGCAGCAUGUCGCAAAUCCAAAGCGAACAAACGAACGAAUUGAAGCGCAUUUGCUCCAUCCAUUUGAGCCAGUAUCGCAUGUUGGUGGCUAGAAAUUAUAGUGUUAUCCUCAAGGGUGAAGGCGAUAUGGCUGAGUUUUAUCAUAUGAAGCAAUCUGUACAUAUUUCCGCUACCCUCAAGGAUCGUACCUUUCAUAAACAUUUCUUAGCUGUAGCCAUACAGAUCGUUUGGAUAACAAUGCAUCGUCGUGCUUACCAUGUGAUCGAGAUGGAAAUGAAUAGACUCUUUGGUUCGGAACACUUUAUAGGGCAACAUCCCGAGUAUAUCAAGUUUUCGGCAGCGGAAAGAAGCCUUCUCUAUGGGCGUAGGAAUAAAAUAGUGAACUAUCGCUUGCAGCGAUCACCACUGAUACAGGAACUGGAGCAUGUGGCUGACGAAGAUUUGCCCAUUUUGUGGAUAGGUGAGCGAUUGUAUCGGGGAAACAAUAUUCGGAUUGCUAGCAUCGAACUGGAGUACAUUGUGCCAGACACUCAGCUACGUAUGAUAGAUGUAGCCCAUGGGAUUCUGGGAAAUCCGAAGCGUUUCUUUAAUACCAUUCUCGAAUUAAACUGGCCAGCAUUGCGGAAGGAGAAUUAUUCACUGACAAAUGAUCCCUAUCACCUUAUAAGGCAGCCAUCACUUCGCGUACCGAACAUCAAAAGUCGGCGUGAUUUGAAAUUGUUCAAGAACUAUGAACAUUUCCUAAAGAUCUCUCAAAUUUAUGAGCCAGUUCCGCGGCAUAGACUUCUCAAAUGGCUUCAGCGAGAAAACAAACUUUCGUCUUCCCGAAUUGAUGAUACGCCAAAUAUAUAUACGCGUUGUGAGAACGAGCUGGCCUCCAAAACUAUCGGUCCCAAUGUUACUCAGAUUAUCCACAAUUAUUUCGAAAUUGUCACUCGCUUUCGUAAAGAAAUUACCGAUGAUAAGGAUAAAGACAAAGAGAGUUACGCUUCUCUCAGGUUUUGAAUGAUAUUCGUU